AUGGAUACUAAUGAAAAUUCAUCAGAAUCAUUCCAAGUGCUAAAAGAUGUAAUGAAAGUUUCAAUUUUAGCAAUGCAUCUUUCUCUUAAAAUUGAUCAUAAAUAUACAUUAGUACUUAUUUGUGCUAAUAAAUCAAAUGUAAUAUUACUUAAUGAUAUUUGUCAAGAAUUAACUAUUACAUUGAAUAAACAAAUUAAUUCAUCAAAUCAAAUAGAAGCACAUGUCAUUGAUGCCUGUUUAACUGUUAAAUCUAGUCUUUUACCUCAACAUACUAUUCGAAUAAUGUUGACAUCAUCAGUAUUUUACAGUGAAAAUUUUCUUAAACUUGAUGCAAUUGAUGAAAUAAAAAAACAAAUUGAAUCGAAUCGUGUUCUUCAUUUUCGAGAAUCAUUAAGUACGGAUGGUAUUAAUUGCUAA